GUCACUUUGUGGAAAAAACGCAGUUCCUAAUAAAGGUUAGUUUUGGGGCAUCCGAUCCACAACCAUUUUCGUUUUGCAGUGAUUGGUCUGGGUAUAGGUUGAAUUCAGCGAUUGCAGUACCAUGGAAGAGGAUGCCAUUUGCGACAGUACAACAUCCGAUGAACAGUUAGUAAACGGAUCCACUUCGGAACCCACGGGCGUGGUCGCACACAACGCGAUGGAGAACGAGCCGAAAGUAGAGAAUGCAAAUGGCGAAGGAGAUAUGCCAGAUUCAACAGUAUACACCGUAAAUAAUGAAAAUGAUGCUGCUACCGCUGUUGACUUACUAGCAGUAGCAGCAACAACAGCAGCAGCACCACCAGCAGCUCCAGAAUUAGCAGAAAUAUCACAUUCGGUCGGGGACGGAAAUGCCCCGCAGGUAACUUUGCACUCCGAGCCUGGCCGUAGCCGUAGCAAUAGCAAAUCACCUGCUAGUCGCCGUAGUGCGUCACGAGCCAGUAGCAAUACAUCACAGCGCAGCCGUGAAGCGGUCAGUCGCGUUAGAAGUCGCAGCGGUUCGGCAGCAUCCGUUGCCGCCAGUGAAACUGGCUCGCGAAAAAGUCGCAGUGCUUCGCGUCAAAGUCGUCGAUCAGCAUCUUCCAAUCAGAGUCGCAGCCGCUCCGGAUCCCGCAAUUCAAAUCGCAGCGGAAGCCGUUCGCGGUCUCGCUCGCAAUCCGGAUCACGUUCGCGUUCUCGGUCACGCUCCCACUCGCGCUCCCGGUCCCGGUCAGGCUCCCGAUCUCGUUCCCGGUCGCGUUCCCGGUCGCGUUCCCGAUCGCGAUCCCGGUCCCGGUCUCGUUCCCGGUCGGGCUCCCGUUCCCGUUCUCGAUCCCGAUCCCGAUCUGGGUCGCGAUCACGCUCACCGUCCGGAUCGCGUGGAUCCCGAUCUCGGUCGCGUUCGCGUUCCGGCUCGGCCUCGACUUCUCGCUCGCGGUCGUCCUCCAAGUCGAAAAGUCGAAGCCCAAGUCGUAGCCGCAGUCGUAGCAAGAGCCGCAGUGGCAGCCGCCAGAGUCGGUCCGUGUCGGUUUCACGCAGUCGAAGCCGCAGCCGCAGCCGUAGCAAGUCCCCUUCGAUGGCAGCUGGGGAAGAGAGUGGUCCAGAGGAUGGAGCCGGCCCGAGCACUAGCAAACAUGCAAAACCGAAGAAAAUCGUUGAUUCCGAUGACGAACCUGACAAUCAAGGCGAUGGCGAGGAGGGAGAGCUGGCACAAGAUGACCAAACGGUACCGCAGAUUGAUGAGAAGGAAUCUGGCACGAACAACAAAAUCACUGAUUCUGAUGAUGACGGUAUUAAGGAGGACGGUAAUGAAGGCGGCCAAUUCAUGUCCGACUUCGACAUCAUGUUAGCGCGCAAAAAGGAAGAAAAAUCGCGCCGCCGGAAGCGCAACGAUAUCGAUUUGAUCAACGACAACGACGAUUUAAUCGCGCAGUUACUGCAAAAGAUGCAGCACGCUGCGGAGGAGGACCGACAGUUAAAUACGGAAUGCAAACCAGCCACAAAGAAGAUUGCCAUCCUUAAACACGUGAUGUCGCAACUAAUCAAAAAGGAUUUGCAGCUAGCGUUCCUAGAGCACAAUGUGCUAAACGUGCUGACCGAUUGGUUGGCCCCACUACCCAACAAAGCACUCCCAUGCUUGCAGAUUCGGGAGAAUAUUCUGAAGUUGUUGGCUGAUUUUCCGGCGAUAGAUAAAUCGUACUUGAAGCAGUCGGGUAUCGGCAAGGCUGUCAUGUACUUGUACAAACAUCCAAACGAAACGAAAGCAAACCGUGAUCGAGCUGGUCGGCUGAUCUCCGAGUGGGCACGCCCGAUCUUUAAUCUCAGCACCGACUUCAAGGCGAUGACGCGCGAAGAGCGGCAACAGCGCGACUUGCUGCAGAUGCCUCGGAAGCGCAAGCACUCCCCCGAGCCAACCACUUCUUCGCACAACAACCACAAAGGGUUACCCUUCGCCGAGGACGAAAAGGGUGCAAUUCGUCCAGGUGAAAAGGGCUGGGUGCAGCGGGCCCGUGUGCCCAUGCCUUCCGACAAAGAGUACAUCGUACGACCGAAAUCAAACAUUGAUACGGAUAUGAGUAUUGUAACGAAGAAGAAGUUGAACCGUUACGAAAAGCACCUGAAGAAAUUUAUCGACAAGAAGAGACUGAACUCAAGCCGUCGCGCUGUGGAAAUUUCUAUCGAAGGGCGCAAAAUGGCACUCUAAGCGCAAUCCUCCUUUUUAUUCUAUAACUUUUCAUCGCUUGAGUUGCAUCGCGUGUUGCAAAUAUUCUUCGUACAUAUUAUAUAAUCGCAUUUGCAACAGUCGAUAAUUACAAAAAAAAAAAAAACACACUCUGUACGAUAUGUUUAGUCAUGUCGGUUCACCACUUCUUUCCUUCACCUACGUUAAUUCUUACUUCAAUUUUAACCUAUUGUCACAAUGUUUUUUUUCCUUCGGAUUCUUUGAUUUUUAUUUCAACUGGAAAUUUAUUAUUUACACAUAAUACUCGAUCAGAUGACUCAAUAAUUUUCAAUACAAAAUGUUACGCCACAUGCUUCAGA